UAAAAAGAAAAGGGGGAGUAGGGUAUCAUUGGAUCCAGACUGGAAUAAGGUUCUACCGAACGCCAUCGCCAUCGCCAUUAGCCAACGCCUGGAACAAACGGUGAACGGUCUGUUGCACGAGGACUCCCAUCCACCAUGAUUCAGCUUCUCUUCACCGUAAUCGCUACCCAAAUGGCUCUGAUUUUGACUCUCCUCUUCCGGACUCCUCUCAGGAAGCUUGUCAUCUUCACUUUAGAUCGUCUUAAGCGCGGUAAAGGCCCUAUCGUUGUUCAAACAAUCGCCGGAACUGUCUUCGUUGUUCUUCUUUCUAGUGUCUAUAGCAUGCUUAAGAUCCAUAAUCGCAUGGUUGAGGCUGGUGAGGUUAAUCCCACCGAUCAGGUCCUUAUGUCCAAUCACUUGCUUGAGGCUUCUCUCAUGGGUUUUCUGUUGUUCCUUGCACUGAUGAUUGAUAGACUACAUCAUUACAUCCGAGAGCUUCGACUACUUCGGAAGACCAUGGAGGUUGCAAAGAAGCAAAUUCGAGCAUCAGAGGACGCAAGCGCAGAGAAGCUUAAAGCCCUAGGAGAAGAGGCAACUACCAUGAGGAAUAAAAUAACCAAAUUGGAAUCCGAAGUUGAGGUAAAAACAAAGGAAGCAAAUGAUGCAGAAGCUGAGACAGAUGCUUUAAGAAAGCAAUCUGAGGAGUACCUGCUCGAGUACGAUCGCUUACUGGAGGACAAUCAAAAUCUUCGGAAUCAGUUGGAGUCAAUUGAACAUGCCUCUUCGUAAUCUCUGACCAAGCAGGUUGUCGUAAAAUCUUUUACGCAUAAUGUCGGAGGCAUAAGAAAAUGGUGCAUUUACGCUUUUUUGCUUAAUCAGAGUGCCUCUGAUUAGUUGGGGUAUGUAUCAAUGAAAUGAAGUUAAGCUGGGAAAUUGAUGGAAAUAUGUUCUUUUACAAACUGGGUAAAGUGUUAAAAGUGAAAGCUUAAUGCAUUUAGACUACUUUUCAUGGCUGUUUAUGUGUACUUUUUUUUUUUAAUGUAAUUACAUUGUAUAUGACAUAUGAUCCAAUGUAAUUGAUUUUGAUAAUUGCAAGUUCACAGGCGGAUAGGCAAUUUUAGUCA